AACAUCAUUACUGAUUUAUUUCAAAUUAUUUGUAAACCAGUUCCUUCGUCAAACUGGUUUAAAGUGAAAUUGUGAGUGGGCCAUAACAGGUGAAAUUGCAAAGGAUGAUGAAUCGGAGACAAGAACAGAAUCUGAGAAAGCUGACAUGGAGGAUGGUGAGAAACAAGAUAAAAUAAAGGAUGAUGUAUACUUUGAACAGCUGGAAGUUGAAGAGCCCAGGAAAAGGAAACGAAGACAUGGACAAAAAAUAGAGAGACCUGUUGCAGUUAUGGCUAAUUUUUUUAAAGUACUAGAAGUUUAUCAGACAAAAAUGCUGCACUGUUUGGCCAGAAAUUUCUACAAUUUACGAUUUCUUGCACUCUUUGUUGCCUUUGCCAUCAACUUUAUUCUGCUGUUUUACAAGGUUACAGAAGAGCCAUUUGAAGAAAUGGAAGAUUCUGAUUUAUGGCAUUCUUUAGAUGAGGAUGAGGAUGAAGAUGGACUGGUGUUUUUUGUAUUACAAGAAAGUACGGGCUAUAUGGCACCUGCACUGAGAGCUUUAGCUGUUAUUCAUACAAUCAUCUCUUUUGUUUGUGUUAUUGGAUACUACUGUUUAAAGGUUCCCCUUGUUGUUUUCAAGCGGGAAAAAGAUAUUGCGAGGAAGCUAGAGUUUGAUGGUCUAUACAUCACUGAACAACCCUCGGAAGAUGACAUUAAAGGACAAUGGGAUCGCCUAGUCAUAAACACUCCCUCAUUUCCAAAUAAUUACUGGGACAAAUUUGUGAAACGAAAGGUAAUCAACAAGUAUGGUGAUUUAUAUGGAGCAGAACGCAUUGCAGAACUCUUAGGUUUGGACAAAAAUGCUCUGGAUUUCAGCCCAGUGGAGCACACUGAAGUCGAGGAAGCAUCUCUUGUUUCAUGGUUAAGUUCUAUUGAUGCCAAGUACCGUAUCUGGAAGCUUGGUGUAGUUUUCACUGAUAAUUCCUUUUUGUAUUUAGCUUGGUACACAACCAUGUCUAUCCUUGGUCACUACAACAACUUCUUCUUUGCUGCUCACUUGCUUGAUAUUGCUAUGGGUUUUAAGACUUUACGUACCAUCCUGUCUUCUGUAACCCACAAUGGAAAACAGCUCGUUUUGACUGUUGGCCUAUUGGCUGUAGUGGUAUACCUUUACACAGUUGUGGCAUUUAACUUCUUUCGCAAAUUUUACAACAAGAGUGAAGAUGAAGAUGAGCCAGAUAUGAAGUGUGAUGACAUGAUGACUUGUUACCUGUUCCAUAUGUAUGUGGGUGUAAGAGCAGGUGGUGGCAUUGGAGAUGAAAUUGAAGACCCUGCAGGAGAUCCAUAUGAAAUGUACCGAAUUGUUUUUGACAUCACCUUUUUUUUCUUUGUCAUUGUCAUCCUACUGGCAAUAAUUCAAGGUCUGAUUAUUGAUGCCUUUGGUGAAUUAAGAGAUCAGCAAGAGCAAGUAAAAGAAGAUAUGGAGACCAAAUGUUUUAUUUGUGGAAUUGGUAACGACUAUUUUGACACAACUCCCCAUGGGUUUGAAAUGCAUACUUUACAAGAGCACAACUUGGCGAACUACUUGUUCUUCCUGAUGUAUCUUAUUAAUAAGGAUGAAACUGAGCACACUGGACAGGAAUCAUACGUAUGGAAAAUGUACCAAGAAAGAUGCUGGGAUUUCUUCCCAGCUGGAGACUGCUUCCGUAAACAGUAUGAAGAUCAACUUGGCUAACCCUGCCAGCAAGGAAGCUACUGCACUCAGUCCGUAUAAAUCAAGUUCUUACCAUUUAAUGGCAUACUGUAGACAGUAACACAUACAACAAAUUGGUUUGCUUAAUCUUAUGGGGAUCUAGCUGGGAUUCUUGCACCUGGCUAAAACAGGCCUUACAUUGUCUGGAUGUCAGUAGUCUAAUUCAGAAAUUAUUUCAGAUAACCCUUUACAAAAUAGGAACUAGUGUAGCUGAAAGGGCUGAUAUCUUGUUAUAUGCACAACAUCUGCAACUUAAGAACUUGAAUGUCAGAUGACAAUGCCUCAAUUACUGAACUCCUUAUGGUGUAAUUAAACAAUAUUUCAUCAAGCCUUGUUUUCCCCCAUGCCAUUUAUUAGUAAAAUGACACAGGCAGAAUGUUUGUAAUUCUUCUGUGCUUAAAAACUUUCAAUACUUUAUCAUCCUUAAAAAUCCUAGUUAAGUGCCUUAAAUUUUCCUGACAUAGCUAUGCAAGAGGUUCUUUAAAAAAAAGAAAAAAGAAAUACUGACCUUUUAGACUGACAUUUUUGGUUAAAUGUUGUGUUGCUUUUUUGUCUUAUUGUAUGAAAUACUUGAAAGUUAGUUUCAUGUCUGCUUCAAAACAGCUAUUAGAUUCAUCUGGUUCAAAACAAAAUGCCCCCACAAUGUCUCACAAUCUUAUGAAAGUAUAUUUUGGGCCAAAUAGAAAUAAUGCUUUCUGAUCAGCUAGUGGUAAAGUUGCUUUUCUUUCUUUAUGUGUUUUUCAUUGAAAUAAAAGUGCCCACUGCAAUAAAGCAUUU